GCUGAAGAAGUCUCCACUUCGGAGAUGUUGUUAAUAAUGUCUGAGUGGAGUUAGAGUGAAGGUGGUGGAGUUGGUUGUGGAGAUUGUGGUAGAGCGGUCAAUGAACUCGUUUCGCUGGUGCUGCCGGUAGCGUGGCCAUUGCGGCCCCUCCUUCUCUUCGCCGAGAGCCGCGGCAGCAGCUCUUACCUGUUGUCCCGGUAGAGACCCGGCGGCGUUAGUAUUACCGUGCCGCGUGUACUUCGGUUCCUUUUGGUUCCAAAACGCGAGUGAUUAACAUAUAUAUAUAAAAGACACACGUGGUGCUGGUGAAUCUCUCCGAAGGAGGCGUCGCAAAUAACUAAAAAAUAGGAUGACACGAUGAAAAUAUUGACAACUCGUGGAUAAACGAAAUGGACGUGUUCAAGAUUGAACAGCAGACGCAGGUUUUAGGUGGCGCUCCGUCGCCGGACAGGAUUAACCCGGAGGUGACCUUCGACGCCGGUUCCGAAUUCAAUUUGAGCUUCUUCGACGCGACACCCGGUGAAGAUAACAGUAGCACGCAGGGUUUUAGUGACCCCGGCUCUGUCGGAUCGGCUUCUGCAGGGUCACCACCUCCGUUGGUACCAGGUAGCAACGGCACCAGUACUCCUUUACUUUUGACUUCGACUUCUUCUGGGACUACUUCUGCAGUUGUCGCAGCCGCUACUUCAGUUGCUUCGGCCGUUUCUAUUGCACCGACCUCAACCAAACAAGGUGAGGACUUACAACGUAUAUCAGACCUCACUGAAGAUGAUAAAUACGAACAGCAUUAUGUUGCGGCCGAUUCAAACAGUUCAUCUACGACGAAAACGUUUAUUCCGUGCAAAGUAUGUGGUGAUAAAGCUUCCGGAUAUCAUUAUGGUGUAACAUCUUGUGAAGGAUGCAAGGUACGUCAUUUAUUUCUUUAAAUAUAUAUGGAAAUU